AUGUUCGACCGGAGCUUCCCUUCUGUUUACGGGGGAGCGGUUUCUUCCGCCGCCGGAGAUGCAGUCACUGGAAUCGGUGAAGACAAAUAUGCAUUUGAAAACAAGAGGAGGAGAAGCAAGAUCAAUGAGAAAAUGAAAGCUUUGCAGAAAUUAAUACCCAAUUCCAACAAGACUGAUAAAGCCUCAAUGCUUGAUGAAGCUAUAGAGUAUCUGAAGCAGCUUCAACUUCAAGUGCAGACUUUAGCGGUUAUGAAUGGUUUAGGCCUAAACCCUAUGAGAUUACCACCAGUUCUACUGCCGACACAGACACGGAUUACUGAGACCUUAGAGCCAGAGCUGAACCUAGAGACUAUGCUUGGUGCUUCUCAGUCUCUCGUUCACUGUGAACCACCCGAAGCAAGUCAACAGUUGUGCUUUGGCACAGCCACUCUGCUUUAA